GCUCCCUCCCGUGCUGGUGCUGGCUCUCCAUGUCACCAUCUGUGGCACAAUCCCUCUCUGUCACUCUCCCUGCCACCCCCUCGUUCUCCUUCCUCCUUCCUCGCUUGCGCUGGCCCCGCUGCAUCGCUCUCGUCCCCUCUCUCCCUCGCCUGCCUUUCCUCCUCCUCUUCCCCGGCCACGCGUCUCUCUCUGCUCCCCCUCAUCCUGGCUUUCCACCCACUCUCCCCCGCCCUCUCUCUGCACCUCCGACCGAAUCCCCUUUCCCCUGUUCCACUGGCUUUUCUCAGUCCCUGUCGCUGUCUUCUCUUCCUCACCUCGGGAAGCCUCCUCCACCCACCCCAGCCUGCAGACCCCCACCUGUGCCCCUCUCCCCCGAGGAUGUGUCCCACGGACAGGGCAUGACGCACCGGGCGCCGGCGGGAAGUCAGGGCCGGAGGGCAGAUGGGAGCUGCUCUGUGGGCAGGUGUGGGCUCCCAGGGCCUAGGAGGGGGCACGUGCUCACAGGCGGCCUAGAAGUGGGCACCCCGGGGGGAUGCCAGCUAGGGGUGCUCUGGGGGCACCAGGGACUGGGCAGGGGGGAAGAUGCAGCAGCAUGAUGACCAGCCUGGCAGCAAGAAGCCCUCGCCCCGUGGGCAGAACGGUCCUCAGAGGAAUCCGCCCCCAGCUUUCAGGCAAGCUGUGCCAAAGAUAAACCAGACAGAGAGGAAAAGUCUCUCCUUCCCAAGGAUGAACUAGAUCAUGCACAGGAUUCCAGCUGCUUCCAAAAACGCCGGCACCUAAAUUGCAGGCCAGGAGCUGACUGCUGACCCGCUGCGCUGGGCCAUGGAUACCCCUGGCUACCCCUCACCAGUGCCCACGACCUGGGACCCUGGGAAUGCCUCCUCAGCCUGGCCGCUGGACACCACCCUUGGAAACAGGUCUGCAUCCCCGGGUCCGGCAGGGCUGGCCAUCAGCGGCGUCCUGAUCCCGCUCGUCUACUUGGUGGUGUGCGUGGUGGGCCUGCUGGGCAACUCACUGGUCAUCUAUGUGGUCCUGCGGCACACAGCCAGCCCGUCGGUCACCAGCGUGUACAUCCUCAACCUGGCGCUGGCCGACGAGCUCUUCAUGCUGGGGCUGCCCUUCCUGGCUGCCCAGAAUGCUCUGUCCUACUGGCCCUUCGGGUCCCUCAUGUGUCGCCUGGUGAUGGCUCUGGACGGCAUCAACCAGUUCACCAGCAUCUUCUGCCUCACGGUCAUGAGCGUGGACCGCUACCUGGCUGUGGUACACCCUACGCGCUCGGCCCGCUGGCGCACGGCCCCGGUGGCCCGUGUGGUCAGUGCGGCCGUCUGGGUGGCUUCGGCCGUGGUGGUGCUGCCUGUGGUGGUCUUCUCGGGUGUGCCCCAGGGCAUGAGCACCUGCCACAUGCAGUGGCCCGAGCCGGCGGCGGCCUGGAGAGCCGCCUUCAUCAUCUACACAGCCGCGCUGGGCUUCUUCGGGCCGCUGCUGGUCAUCUGUCUCUGCUACCUGCUCAUCGUGGUGAAGGUGCGCUCGGCCGGGCGGCGGGUGCGGGCUCCCUCAUGCCAGUGGGUGCAGGCGCCCUCGGGCCAGCGGCGGCGGCGCUCUGAGCGCAGGGUCACGCGCAUGGUGGUGGCGGUGGUGGCGCUCUUCGUCCUCUGCUGGAUGCCCUUCUAUGUGCUCAACAUCGUCAACGUGGUGUGCCCCCUGCCUGAGGAGCCCGCCUUCUUCGGCCUCUACUUCCUGGUGGUGGCACUACCCUAUGCCAACAGCUGUGCCAACCCCAUCCUCUAUGGCUUCCUCUCCUACCGCUUCAAGCAAGGCUUCCGCAGGGUUCUGCUGCGGCCGUCCCGCCGCGUGCGCAGCCAGGAGCCCCCCACGGGCCCCCCGGAGAAGACGGAGGAAGAGGACGAGGAUGAGGAUGGAGAGGAGGGCGGGGAGGAGCAGGAGAGGAAGGACAGGAAAUGGAAGGAGCUGAAUGGCGGCGGGGUCACUGAGACCACACAGCCCGGCACCAGUGGGCAGGAGCGAUCGCUCAGUGCCACGGCAGGCAAGGAGCAGCAGCCCCUCCCCCAGGAGCCCUCUGCUGGGGAGAAGUCUGGCCUCCUCCACAUCCGCUGUCGAUAGGGACCAGGGAAGGAGCUGGCAGCCCAAGAAGGGCAGAGGCUGUAUAUGCGCUCACGUGGGAUGACCAGAGGCCUGGACUCUGAUCUUGUUAUUACCAGGAUUGCUGUGUGACCUUGGCAGAUCACUUGGCCUCUCUGGGCCUUGUUUUCUUCUCUGUGACUCAGGGAUGGGAGUAAUCAGCCUGCAUGGGCUCUGUCAGAUGAGAGCCCUGGAGGGCAUGGCUGCCAGGCUGAACUUCCGGAGUGGUGCCCAGGUUAGGGGGCUGGCGUCACCUGGCCUGGGUCCUCAGACGGACAGACCAAGGCCAGGACUUCCUGGGCUCAAUCUGGGACACUGGAGGCUGAACUGGACCCCAAAGAAGAAAGUUGAACUCGGUGGGGAGGAGGGAAUGGGAGGCUCGGGUUCCAGCUCAGCCCUUGUGGCGGCUGCGAGGACCGGGCUGCCUGGAUUCCUCUACGCCUCUGCCUCUGCUUCCUGCAUACCGCGGUGUCCUCCAGGUCCAUGGGUCCUGACAGCUGCGCUAGAAAUCCCAUGAGCAGGAAAUGAGGCAGAUUUUCCAGGAAGCAAAUUAAGUCCCGCUUCAGGGUCCCUUGCUGCUUGGGUCCUUUGGAGGCCUUGCAUUCAUUUUGUUCGUUUAUUUUUUUUGUUUGUUGAGACAGGGUCUCACUCUGUAAUUUAGGCUGGCCUUAAAUUCACUAUG